CUUGAGGUUACAACUUGGCCAUCCAAGAAAAGACCAAACAUGUGUGACGACGACGAGACCACCGCCCUGGUGUGCGACAACGGCUCUGGCCUGGUCAAGGCUGGGUUUGCCGGUGAUGACGCCCCCCGUGCUGUCUUCCCAUCCAUUGUUGGACGCCCCCGUCACCAGGGUGUGAUGGUGGGUAUGGGUCAGAAGGACAGCUAUGUGGGAGAUGAGGCCCAGAGCAAGAGAGGUAUCUUGACUCUGAAGUACCCCAUCGAGCACGGCAUCAUCACCAACUGGGACGACAUGGAGAAGAUCUGGCACCACACCUUCUACAACGAGCUCCGUGUGGCCCCUGAGGAGCACCCCACCCUGCUCACUGAGGCCCCCCUCAACCCCAAGGCCAACAGGGAGAAGAUGACCCAGAUCAUGUUUGAGACCUUCAACGUCCCCGCCAUGUAUGUGGCCAUCCAGGCUGUGCUGUCCCUGUACGCCUCUGGUCGUACCACCGGUAUUGUGCUGGACUCUGGUGAUGGUGUGACCCACAACGUGCCCAUCUAUGAGGGUUACGCUCUGCCCCACGCCAUCAUGCGUCUGGAUCUGGCCGGUCGCGACCUGACUGACUACCUGAUGAAGAUCCUGACUGAGCGUGGCUACUCUUUCGUCACAACUGCCGAGCGUGAGAUCGUGCGUGACAUCAAGGAGAAGCUGUGCUACGUCGCUCUGGACUUUGAGAAUGAGAUGGCCACCGCUGCCUCCUCCUCCUCCCUGGAGAAGAGCUACGAGCUGCCUGACGGUCAGGUCAUCACCAUUGGCAACGAGCGUUUCCGCUGCCCCGAGACACUCUUCCAGCCUUCCUUCAUCGGUAUGGAGUCUGCCGGCAUCCAUGAGACCGCAUACAACAGCAUCAUGAAGUGCGACAUUGAUAUCCGUAAGGACCUGUACGCCAACAAUGUGCUGUCUGGUGGUACCACCAUGUACCCUGGUAUUGCUGACCGUAUGCAGAAGGAGAUCACCGCCCUGGCCCCCAGCACCAUGAAGAUCAAGAUCAUCGCUCCCCCUGAGAGGAAAUACUCUGUCUGGAUCGGUGGCUCCAUCCUGGCCUCUCUGUCCACCUUCCAGCAGAUGUGGAUCAGCAAGCAGGAGUAUGAUGAGGCAGGCCCCUCCAUCGUCCACAGGAAGUGCUUCUAAAUCUUCAAGCAGCACCAACAAAACAAAACAGCCCAACCCCACACCGACUGCACCAGCUUUACUUUCAUCUUCAUUUCUACUGUACCCUUUGCUGUAUAUACAUGUACCGUUGUAAUAAAAAUAGUUGCUUUUAA